CCUCCACGCUCCUCUCCUGUACAUACUGCUCACUGUCAUAACCUCCACACUCCUCUCCUGUACAUACUGCUCACUGUCAUACCCUCCACUCUCCUCUCUUGUACAUACUGCCCACUGUCAUACCCUCCACACUCCUCUCCUAUACAUACUGCCCACUGUCAUACCCUCCACACUCCUGUCCUGUACAUACUGCUCCUGUCAUACCCUCCACACUCCUCUCCUAUACAUACUGCCUACUGUCAUACCCUCCACACUCCUGUCCUGUACAUACUGCCCACUGUCAUACCCUCCACACUCCUUUCCUGUACAUACUGCCCACUGUCAUACCCUCCACACUUCUCUCCUGUAAAUACUGCCCACUGUCAUACCCUCCACACUCCUCUCCUGUACAUACUGCCCACU